UGAAGGGCGGCUUCCGGUUCCGGCGGGUAUAAAGCGGAGGAGCGCGGGGUACGGGUGGGCAGUGCGGGAGGAGACGGAGCGGAGGCUGCGGGAGCGCAGGUGGGGUCGGCAUGGCGGAUGAGGAGAUCGCGGCGCUGGUGGUGGACAACGGGUCCGGGAUGUGCAAGGCGGGCUUUGCGGGGGACGACGCCCCCCGAGCCGUGUUCCCCUCCAUCGUGGGGCGUCCCCGGCACCAGGGCGUGAUGGUGGGCAUGGGGCAGAAGGACAGCUACGUGGGGGACGAGGCCCAGAGCAAGAGGGGCAUCCUCACCCUGAAGUACCCCAUCGAGCACGGCAUCGUCACCAACUGGGACGACAUGGAGAAGAUCUGGCACCACACCUUCUACAACGAGCUGCGGGUGGCCCCGGAGGAGCACCCCGUCCUGCUGACUGAGGCUCCCCUCAACCCCAAGGCCAACCGGGAGAAGAUGACCCAGAUCAUGUUCGAGACCUUCAACACCCCGGCCAUGUACGUGGCCAUCCAGGCCGUGCUGUCCCUCUACGCCUCCGGUCGCACCACUGGCAUCGUCAUGGACUCGGGGGACGGCGUCACCCACACCGUGCCCAUCUACGAGGGGUACGCCCUGCCCCACGCCAUCCUGCGCCUGGACCUGGCCGGCAGGGACCUGACCGACUACCUGAUGAAGAUCCUGACGGAGAGGGGCUACAGCUUCACCACCACGGCCGAGAGGGAGAUCGUGCGGGACAUCAAGGAGAAGCUGUGCUACGUGGCCCUGGACUUCGAGCAGGAGAUGGCCACGGCCGCCUCCUCCUCCUCCCUGGAGAAGAGCUACGAGCUGCCCGACGGGCAGGUCAUCACCAUCGGCAACGAGCGGUUCCGCUGCCCCGAGUCCAUCUUCCAGCCUUCCUUCCUGGGCAUGGAAUCCUGCGGGAUCCACGAGACCACCUUCAACUCCAUCAUGAAGUGCGACGUGGACAUCCGCAAGGACCUCUACGCCAACACCGUCCUCUCGGGGGGCACCACCAUGUACCCCGGCAUCGCCGACAGGAUGCAGAAGGAGAUCACGGCCCUGGCGCCCAGCACCAUGAAGAUCAAGAUCAUCGCUCCCCCAGAGAGGAAAUAUUCCGUCUGGAUCGGGGGCUCCAUCCUCGCCUCCCUCUCCACCUUCCAGCAGAUGUGGAUCAGCAAGCAGGAGUAUGACGAGUCCGGGCCCUCCAUCGUCCACCGCAAAUGCUUCUAGAGGGGCAGCCACCUCCCUCCCACCCGGACCACGCUCCUUCCUCUCUCCCUUCCCACGUUUUAACCCUUUCUUGAGGUUUUUCAAGAGUCUCACGUGUUCCUAGGCCGUGGCCCUCCCGGCUUGCUGCUUCUCCUCCUCCUCCUCCCAGCACUCCUGCUCGGGGCUCGGAGGCUGCCAGGGAGGGGUUUGGGGGGGUCGUUCACAUUCCCCGUGUCACAAGUGUAGGGUGCCACUCGUGUCACGCUUGUCACCUUCGGCUUUGUCACCUCGAGCUGUGUCACCUCUGCCUCAUUUGUAAGAACACAAAUAAACUCCUUAGGCUGGGAAAGCACU